AUGGCGACCGGUGAGAGGCGAUCAAAUCUCAGGUUGCUCAGGACGUCAUUGAUUCUGGACCAAGGCGACACACGCACGACUCGCCAUGGAGACUGUCUCAGACUGUGUACUUACAACGCGAGAACAGUUUCCACAGACGCCGACCUGCAUGCCCUUCUCGGAGCUGCAGAGCGUAUCAAAUUUCACGUGAUUGCUCUGCAGGAGACCAAGUGCAGAAGGAGCGACGUACGACAGAUGAAUGACGGUACACUCGUCAUUCGUGGAGAGAAGGUUCCGUCGCGAAAUGUAGGCGGUGUUGGUUUCGUUGUGCACCCAUCUGUCGUCCAUCUCGUCGAUUCUCACGAGAUCCUGUCACCUCGUCUGGCCAUUCUUCGCCUCCGCCCUCUGCGCCAAAAAUCCAUCAGUAUCAUCAACUGCUAUUCACCAACAUCAGCAGCUGAUGAUUCCGAAUUGGACGCGUUUUACGAGGAGCUGGAGGAAGUAGUCCACAACGAGAAGUCCUUUUACAAAUUCGUUGUCGGAGACUUCAACGCAAAACUAGGAAAGGCCACAGAAGAGGAAUACAGGAUUGGAAGAUUUGGACUAGGGGACCGGAAUGAAAAUGGCAAUCGUCUCGCCGGGCUGUUGUCCGCCGCUCGCCUCUUUCAUGGGAACUCUCUUUUCAUGAAAAAAGAUCAUCGUCGGUGGACAUGGGAAUCGCCCAAUGGCGCGACUCGUGCGGAGAUCGACCACAUACUCACCAACCGGAGGUGGUGUCUACUUGACGUCUCAGUAGUACCAUCCUUUUGUAGUGGUUCUGAUCACCGUCUCCUUCGUGCGAAAAUACGACUUAGCCACACGAUGGAAAAGAACAUCUGCUAUCGGCAACGAAGGAGAAAAGAAGUCGUCUACGACGAUUGCGUACUCGAGGACUCCCUGUCCCAAGGUGACUGGCACAUCGAGGAGGACCCAAACGUGGACUACGAGAUGCUGCUCAGAGGAUUACGAGCCUGUGCUGAACGUGCCUCGAAGUCGCGCACGACAAACUUGGAUCGAAUUUCGAAGACCACCAAGGAAUUGUUAGGAAGAAGAAGGGCUUUGAGGCUUGAUCCGAAUGCAUCGCACAUUGAGCGGUUAGUAGCAAACACUAGCUGCAGAAAAGCGUUGCAGGAGGAUCUUUUGAAGUACAGGCAGAAGAAGAUUCUAGAAGCAGCACAAAGAAGAACGAGUCUAAAGAAGUGCCGCAGGGAUCUCCGCGAAUAUAAUGUUCCGCUAGCAACCUUGCUGAGCGAAGACGGGACUCGCACGUCUUCUCGUCGUGAGAUGGAAAUCAUUACGGAGAGGUUCUACUCGAACCUUUUCCGUUCAUCAACUCCUGUGUCAAGCCCAAUCAUCCCCACUGGCGAAGCUCCACCACGGAUUCUCCCUUCGGAAGUACGAGUCGCUAUCAAGAGCAUGAAACCUGGCACAGCCCCCGGACCUGAUUUUAUUUCAGCAGACUUUCUUCGGGCUGGUGGCCAUCCGCUUCAUGUAAUCUUAGCAGCGCACAUGACAUCCUAUCUUCAGAAAGAAAGGAUCCCAGACCAGUGGAAGACCUCGCGAACCGUUCUUAUCCAUAAGAAAGGUGACCGAGAGGACCUUCGGAACUACCGUCCGAUAUGCUUGCUGAGCGUGUUAUACAAAGUAUUCACCAAGAUCAUCCUCACACGCAUAUCUAGGACGCUGGAUGAAGCCCAGCCUCAAGAACAAGCUGGAUUCCGCCAAGGGUUCAGCUGCUUGGACCACAUCCAGACCGUGUCGAGGGUCAUAGAGGUUUGCCGGGAAUACCGCCUGCCCCUUGUUCUAACCUUCGUCGACUAUGAGAAAGCCUUUGACAGCGUAGAAACGAAUGCAAUACUGUCAGCGCUGGUCGAUCAAGGUGUGGACGCGUCGUAUGUGAGGACAUUAGCCAAUUGCUACGAACGAUGCACGACUAGGAUACAGCUUUUCCACCGCCCUCUCACCAUACCCAUUGGAAAGGGGGUACGACAAGGCGAUACUAUAUCGCCGAAGCUGUUCACGGCUGCAUUGCAAUGGAUAAUGAAAUCACUAUCCUGGGAAGAAAGGGGCAUACGUGUUGAUGGAAGAUUUCUUUCGAACCUUCGUUUCGCGGACGACAUCGUUCUCUUUUCGAGCAGUACCAAUGAAGCAGAAACGAUGCUCAACGAAUUGAACGAAGCAGGGAAGAGAAUAGGACUACGAAUAAACAGAAAGAAGACACAGUUCAUGAAGAACGCGCACUGCGAGGACGGAGGAGUACAACUUGAAGGCUCCCAAAUCGUGGAAACUCCGUCAUACGUAUACCUCGGACGUUCUAUGAACAUGGAAAACGACUUGAAGGAAGAACUGAAUAGAAGAAUGAGAGCAGCAUGGGCAGCAUUCGCAGCCGUCAGGGAAGCUACGGACCAACUGACGGACCAUGAUCUUCGUGCCCAUCUGUUCGACUCGACAGUCCUUCCAGCGCUCUGUUACGCAGCGGAGACGUGGGCAGACACCGCGGCCACGUCUAGGAAGCUACUUACUACCCACAGAGCCCUUGAGAGAUGUCUCCUGAAGUUUAACCGGCGCACACAACACCUUGCCGGUCUUCGUAGCUCCGACUUAAGAGGAAUGUCCCGUCUUCGCGACCCAGCGGAAUAUGUAUCGAAAGCAAAACAUAGAUGGGCCGGUCACAUCAUGAGAAGAAUCGACGAUAGAUGGACUAAAAGAACGCUAGAGUGGAUCCCAAGGGACGCUAAACGCCCCCGAGGGAGACCGCCAACGAGAUGGAGUGACGUGUUCGCUGCACGGAUGGACCAGCUGAGAGCUCAGCUGGAUACGGCUCAAGGACCUCGUCAACGUCACUCACGAAGCUUGAGAACAUCUUGGAUGACAAUGGCGAGGGAACGAAAUGAGUGGAAGAGAUGCUGGGGCCCGCACGUCGAGUGA